AUGUCCAAAGUUAUUAACACAUCAGGUACAAAUAUGCCCACCAGUAAUACAAAUAUUAAUAAUAAUGACUCUGCAAAUUGUUUGGAUACAGACACCCCAUUGCUAAUAAAACAACGUUUAUAUAAAAAUUUAGCUACUCAAUUGCAAAAAUUCAAGGAACAGAUUUCAAUAACUCAGCAAGAAUUGUUAUUUUUAAAUCAGGUAGCUAACAGAGAUGUAAUUGGCCGUAUCGGCGUAUUAAAUGGGUCAUUAUUGAUGGGUGCUAAUAGAUAUUUUGAACAAGAACUAAUACAUGACGCUUUUAAUGAUGAUGAAAAUAACAAUGAUGCUUAA